AUGUUAGGUAUCAAAAGUACAUGGUCUUUUUUCAAAAACUCCCCAAGAUUUAUGGCAUUAAUUUUUAAUUUUAUUACUGUCUUUUUGACAGUUUUUCUUUUGAUAGGUUGCUACAACACAUCUAAUGAUGACACAUUUCUAGUCCGUUACGAAUUCAAUUCUGAUUCGCCAAUGUACUCAAUCAUUAAAGAGUCAUUUGCUACUUCGAAUAAGACUUCGGGUUUGGAAAAGAUUCAAAUCAGAACUGGUUAUAUGGGUGUAUGUGUCAGUAAUGUGCCAUCAAACUACGAUUUACAAGGACAGGCAUUAAGCACCUAUUGCUACGCAAGAAAAAAUCUAACAAAUACCUCAUUAUAUUCAGAUUUACAAAUUAAAUUUUCCCAAUCGUCAUCUUCCGAAAAUUCAACAAGUGAUCAGUCUACAUUGAACAUUCUUCAAAUAGCAGAAUUAACUGUGGUGAAGGUACUCCAUCCCUAUGUCCUAAUUGCAACAAUUAUCUUGACUCUUAUUAUGUUUUUACUAAUCGUUUAUGUCAUAUUACCUGGCGUUCCUAUGAAAUUCCAAGUAGACAAAUUCCUACUACUAUUAAGUUCUGUUAUAGUACUGCUCUGGGGAAUGGGGGCUAUGUAUACACAUGUUGGUAUCAGAGCAAGUUACGAAUUUGUCCCUGCAGCAAGUAUGGAUAUUAUUGACACUUAUAGAGGCAAGAAAUCCGGUACGAUGAGUUGGUUCAGUUUUUCAUUUUACUUAGUUAUCUGCGUCAUUUUUUGGUCACUAUACAUCAGAGAAAGAACAUCUGCAUCAAAAGAUGAGGAAAUUUUGAACAAUGCUACAAAUAGAAAUUUCCACUUGGGUGCCGACAAUAUCUCAAGACCAUACAUGCAAAAUCAUUACUACUCUUCAUCUGAGAACUCCUCAUACCAUUCAAAGAGAUAA